AUGUGUCUUUAUGUGAUUGUUUAUGUGGAUGAUUUGCUCAUCGGGGGUAAUGAUGAAGACGAAGUUGUUCGUUUUAAGCAGUAUUUGAGCCACUGCUUUCACAUGAAAGAUUUGGGUCCACUUAAAUAUUUUUUGGGCAUUGAGGUAGCAAGGUCUUCUCGAGGCAUUUACUUAUCUCAGCGUAAAUAUGCCUUAGAUAUUAUUAACGAAUGCGGUUUAUUAGGAGGGAGGCCGGUUUGUACACCUAUGCUUCAAAAUCACAAACUUGAAGAAGAUACAGGAGGUAUUUUGACACGCCGGAAUGGUAUCGGCGUUUGGUUGGGAGAUUGGCUGAAACAUUGGUGGGCUGCAUUGCGUGUUGUUCGUUAUCUCAAGAACAGUCCUGGACAAGGGAUCUUGUUUACUGCUAAUGGUGACUUGCAUAUCUCUGCAUAUUGUGACUCUGAUUUUUCGACUUGUCCAAUAUCUCGUCGGUCUCUCUCAGGAUAUGUUGUUUUGUUGGGUGGUUCCCCCAUCGCUUGGAAGACUAAAAAGCAAGGAGUUGUAUCUCAAUCUUCAGCGGAGGCGGAAUACCGAGCAAUGUCUUUCACCACCUCGGAGCUCAAAUGGCCAUUUGGUGUCUUGUUGACCGACUCCAUUCGUUUACAUUGUGACAACCAGGCGGCUCUCCACAUUGCUGCGAAUCCCGUCUUUCACGAGCGUACCAAACACAUUGAACGUGAUUGUCAUUACAUCCGCGAUGAGAUCCAGAAUGGCUUGAUCAAAACAGUCUACGUUCAAACUACUCAACAGCUUGCAGAUAUUUUCACUAAGGCUCUUGGCUCUCCAGCGUUCGAGUACCUGUCUCGCAAGUUGGGCAUCUGUGAUUUACAUGCGCCAACUUGA